AUGUUACUACUUUCAAUCACCUUACUUUUGAGUGAAUUUAUUUUCACACAUACAUGGAACGCCCCCAAGACCAUUCUAGAUGAUCCAAACUGUAAUGAGGCUCGCGAUUUAUGUCACGAUUUGAUUGAUAACGAUGAUCUGCUCAUCCUCGAAUGUUUAUUAUCUUCAAACCCUGAUCGACUGAACAGUAUUGACAAAAAAUGCCAAAACACUAUAUGGGACCACACAACAAAUCUCCUCAAAGACGAUAAUGUUAAGAAGUAUUUGUCAUCGAUUUGCGGCAAAGAAUUGGAUCGCUUUGACACCUUUGAUUGCAAACAAGAAGGAAACUAUUUCAAAUGCAUUCUGAACUACAUAAAUGAUAUUCAGAACCCUAAAUGUAGCCUUGCACUGUCUAGGCUGGAAAGUGUUGCCUUUACAGACCACCGGUGGAUAAAAGACUUCUUGGCCCAAUGCACAGAUGAUAUAGACAAGCUGAAAUGUGGUAUUAUUGAUGCUCACAAUUUUUCUCAAAUGAAAACCAUAGCUUGCCUCCAGACCAAUAUCCUGAGUGUCAAAGACUCAUGUAAAAAAGAAGUUUUCCACCUUUCAGAGCUACAAUCUACAAACAUAAAGCUGGACUCCCAAUUGUAUUUAGAUUGUUCAGAUGACCAUCGGCGCUACUGCUCCAAUUUUGCUGCUGGAAGUGGCAGGGUUUUUCCUUGUCUCCUCAGGCAGCUCAAUGAGGACCACUUGAGGAUAAGCACAAAGUGUAGGCAGCACUUGCAGCGCAGAGAACGGCUCAUAGCUCAGGAUUUUAAAGUUAGCAAAGGCCUGCUGAGGGCCUGCAAGGAAGACAUAAAGAACACACAUUGCCGCAAGCAAACUUCCAGUGACAAAACUGUCAGGCUGGCUCAGAUUCUGCUGUGUUUGGAGGAUUACAUGAGGAAUGGAACUAAAAUCAACUCAGAGUGUGAGUCUGAGAUCACUGAGCAUAGAAGAAUGUUGAUGGAGGAUUACAGAUUGUCUCCUGAGAUUGUGAAUAACUGUAAGAAUGAAACUGCCUUAUUGUGUGAUGGAUUCGGUGGUAAGACUAUUCAUUGUCUGAUGAACCGGGCUAUAAAAAACAGAGAUAGGAAGCCAUCUAGUAGUGUACAAGGUGGACUAGGGGAUAGAUGUCUAAGAGCACUUGAGGACCUAGUAAAAGAAACGGACGCAGGGGAAAAUUGGAACAUAGACCCUGUGUUACAGCAGGCCUGCGACCCAGUGGUAAAAGUCAGCUGUCGCCAUAUAAAAGGCGGCGAUGCUCGCAUCAUGUCUUGUCUCAUGGAUAACCUCAGGUCCGAUACGAUGACUGAAGAUUGCGAAAACGCUCUGCUGGAAAUCCAGUACUUUGUGGCGAGGGAUUUCAAGUUGGAUCCACAAUUAUACAGGGCGUGCAGACAGGACGGCAUAAGGUACUGUCAUAUGGGCGAUAGCAAGGAGAACGAACAGGGGCCUAGUUAUUCAAGAGAAAUCCUACCAUGUCUUUAUAGACAUGCCUAUCAGUCCGACGAAUCCCUCCAAAUCCAAAAGCAGUGCCUGGAACAAAUCCAACGAGUGAUGCGCCAAAGGGCGAUCAGCGUGGAUCUGCAACCGGAAAUCGCAGAGUACUGUCUCAAAGAUCUCGGCUUCUAUUGCCGCGACAAGGUCAACAAGGGCGAGGAGAUGCAAUGUCUGCAAGACAACUUGGAAGAGUUGGAAGACAAGUGCCACGACGUCGUGGCCUCCUACACGGAAAUCGAGGCUCAACGGGUCGAUUUGAAUCCGUUCAUAUCCAAGUAUUGCAACAUGAUCAUCGAGAGUUUAUGUGGCAACGAUGCGGAUGUCAUGGAGUGUUUGAUCGAAAACAAAAACCACGCACAAGUCAAGGCGAGACCUGCCUGUAGAGCGAGCAUCGAGCACUUCCAGCUCAUCUCGCUCAAAGACUACAAGUUCAACAACAAAUUCAAGAUGGCGUGCAAGUCGCACGCGAUGCGCCUGUGCAACAGGGCGCAGUCGAAAAGCGAGGUUAUAUCGUGCCUGAGCGAGCACAUCCUCAAUGCGACGGUGCACGGCAUCAAGCCUACUAUUCCUAAAGAUUGCAAGCAGCAGCUGAAGGCGCAAAUCUUCCAGCAGCGCGAGAAGAUCGAGUUCGAUCCGGUGCUGAAGGCCGCUUGCGGCAUGGAUAUCAAGAAGUUUUGCAGAAAUGUGCAGCCCGGUAACGCUCAAAUUUUGGAAUGUCUUCAAACGGUCCCGAAUGAUCAACUGAGCAACAAGUGUGGCAAAGAAAUUUUCAAAGUUCAAAAGAUGGAAAUAUACGACAACAGCGUAGACUAUGCCCUGAUAACAAUGUGCGCAGAUACCAUAGAUCAGUUUUGUCCGCACAACGAAAAGGAAGAAGUGUUCAAGUGCUUGAAGCUGAAUAAAGACGAGAAAGGUUUCAGUAAAAAAUGUCGUACUAUAGUUACUCACCGACUAAUCGAACAAAAUUCCAACAACCUCCUGAAUCCGGCAUUGCAAGAAAAGUGUCAGUUAGACAUUACCAAGUUUUGCAAGAAGGAACUGCUCACCAUCGAAGAAAAACAAGUCGACGAUGCUGUCAUCAAAUGUCUCAAGAACCAGUUCAAGAUGUCUACGUUGUCGGAGACUUGCGAGAAAGAAAUGGCCGACAUUUUGAGACAGCGGGCGUUGGACAUCAACCUGAACCCCCUCAUAAGGGUGUUUUGCAGAAACGAACUGGAGACCAUCUGCAAAUUGGAGGGGGAGGAUUCCGGCAAAGUGGAGGAGUGCCUAAAGAGUGCUCUGAUGAGCAAGAAUAUCCCGACGGCCGAAUGCAGAGUGGAAGUGGCCAAUAUGAUAGAGGAAUCGCAGGCGGACAUCCAAGUGGAUCCCCUGUUGCAGAGGGUGUGCGCCCUGGAUUUGUUGACCAAUUGCAAAAACAUUGAACAGGGAAACGGACGACAUAUAAAUUGCCUGAAAACUAUUUUGGAAAAAUCUCCACAUGAUCUGACACCUGAAUGCAAAAGCAAGUUGAAAGAGAGACUAGAAAUGUACAAAAAUGCCGCACAAGUGGUAGCCCUACCAGAAAACUUUCAGGAACUCUAUCAACAAGUGAGAUUAUCACCCUCCAAGAAUUAUUUUGUUAUAAUCUCGUUUACUAUAAUCGGAGCUAUAUUUCUAACGGGAAUAUACUGCGGCAGAUUUUUCAAUAAAAAAUACAGACUAUUAAAAAAUAAGUGA